CACGCAAGAAAAUUCAGCAUAGAAGAUCUUGGUAAUUUGAUCUUGACCGUUGUAAAACCGUUGACUGUUUAGCAUUUGUUUCUCGUUUGAAAAAUUUAUUUAAGAUAAACAGCCAAUUACAGUCGUUAGAUUUUCACGCCACCAAAAUGGCCGCUUACCCACCCACCCUAGAGACCUCUACCAUAUCUCUACCCUACCCUUGCUCUUCUCCGUACUAAUGCAGUGGAGCUUACUUGAGACUCAUCUGACAUCUCUCCGUUGGCUGGAAUAUCGCGGUUUUCGUCGUUUGUGCGCAUGCAAAAAAGAUUAUGGCGUGGUUGACAAUUUGACAUGGCGUUACAGCUCCCAGACAUCGCGAUAGAUUCUUGGAAAUUAAUGAUAUCAGAAAAAAUCAGAGCCGAAAUCCGUUCUAUAUUAUAAACACAGCAAUUCUGUAAUUGAUUAUUGAAUUCUAAUACAUAGCAGGAUUUGAUGCACCGUCAUGCAGAUUAUUUGGUUUUGACACUUUGUAAACGCCUCUGAUUCUUACUUUGAAUAAUUGAUUCCAUUCGUUAACAUUUUUAUUGUAAUCGUAUUGCAAGUAUCUUCAAUUAAAUAGCGGGAAUAUAUAUUUAUUCGAAAUGGAUCCGCGUUUACAUAGAAAGCAGGAAGCAGUCAAAAGCCCUACCAAUUUGGUCGUAGACUGGUUGAAUGAGGCAUCUAUGAGUGCUAGUGAAUCUGUCAAAGUAUCAAAUUUAGCAAAAGUACACGAGUUUUUGAUCCACAAGGAGCCAGAAUUACUGGAUCUCUAUUUAGAUGAAACCCUGCAAUUCUCUUUGGACAGAGGUACCGAAGUCAGAAAAGCUAUCGCCGGAUUUAUCGAAGAGGCUGGGUCUAAGCAGCCUGAACUUAUUCCACGUCUCGUUCAAACACUCUCCAGAUUAGUUGGCGACGAUGCCGCAGCAGUUACCAAAAGAGCUUUACGAGCAGCAGGAAGAAUUCUAAGAGCAACCUUAAAAUGGGUAGCCAGUGCUACAAUCGUCACAACGGAUAUGGAGCUUGCUUGGCAACAAUUGAGCAAUCUCAAAGUUGAAAUAAUAAACAUGAUCGACAGUGAUAAUGACGGAAUCAGAACACAGGCUGUCAAGUUUCUUGAAGGAGUUGUCUUGGUUCAAACAUAUCCUGAUCCUGACAGUCCUAAGAAACCCGAUGACUUUUCUUUGGAAGAUGUUCCGCUGACUCUGAAGAUAGCAAGGAGAAGAAAGCUGGAAGAAGAAGCAAACCAUGUCAUGGAUUUGUUGAUAAAAUUUCAUGGCUCCCCACAUGUCAGUAGUGUGAAUCUGAUGACUUGCAUGGGGUCUCUGGCUCUGAUUGCCAAGAUGAGACCUCAGUUUAUGGCAGAUGUCAUCCAAGCCCUACAACUCCUGCAACAUGAUUUGCCACCCACGCUUUCAGACUCCCAAGUUACUAGUGUUCAGAAACAGCUAAAACUCACUUUGUUGGGGCUGUUAAAACACCCAGCAAGUAUAGAAUUCGCUGCAACAAUGGCAAGACAAUUGACACAGCUUGGAGCUAGAGAACAAGAAAUCAUGAAAGCGUAUCCAAAACAAGAUGAUAUUCGUAGAAUGAAAAAGCGCCAGCAGGUAAAAGAAACAGCUGCAGCCUCCGCUGCAAAACGCGCAAAAUUAGAGGCAGCUAUCGCGGUUGAGGAACCAGAACAACCAAUGGAAGUUCAACCUGUAAAACCUGAGUUAAUCGAGCUAUCCGACACCUUCAUCAGCGAACGGCUCAGUGUAGAAAUUGCUACAGAACUCGUGAUGGACAGCAUGGCAUGGGUGCCGGAUGCUAUGACGACAGUAUUCCAAAGAGAAUACCAGCCCACCUCGACUACCGAUAUAAACGUGCAGCGACAGACAAUUGCAAAACUCUUAGCGCUGCAGAUAAAACAAGCCAAGGCUAAAAGGGUGAAGAGAGAGACUAAAGAGGAGGAUGCCGUUAUGGAGGAUCUUAUCAAGAAUCCGACCAUUACUGUAGCUGAAGCAAAACGUGAAAGAAAAAGAGAGAAAGACAGAGAGAAGGAGAAAGAAGCCAAAGCCUCUCUUGAAGCGCACGAAAAGUCCUUGAAAAUGGCCAAAAGCCGUCUUAAAACCUUAAAGCUAUCCGAAAUAACGAAGCCACUUCAAAGGGAAACUAAAGAAAAAAUGCUCCUUAUGGCGGUGGGCAGAAUUCUGGGUGCUGAAAAAGUUGCAGUCCUUGGUGGUGUGGGACCUGUUAGGUCCAAGAUACUGACGUCGCUUGCUGCGACUUUCAAUCCUUACAUAAGGGAAGCUGUGCUGAGGUAUAUAACAGAUGAUAUGCGUACACGUCUUGAUUUAGCUUUGGGCUGGCUCUAUGAGGAGUAUGCCUUGCUCCAAGGAUUCCAACGGCGAACAAUUUUCACUGGGAAACCACAGGAAGCUCCGCAUCAAGCCUACAAUUUUUUACUCUGCACAUUAGUCUCCGCUAUAGAUCUAGUCCCUGGCAAAGAUCGCGAUGUUUUAUUAUCCCGAUUAUAUUUGGAAGCUCCUUUAAUCACCGAAGAUGCGGUAGAAGCUCUGAAGUUGGUCUCAUCAGACGAAACACGUGGACUAGCGCCUUUAGAAUUACUCAGAGAAAUGGUUAUCCGAAGACCGACAAAGCAACUGGUCUUUUUGAACGUGCUAUUGUGUCAUACAGGGCAUGAAAAUAAUACGAUCAGAGAGGCUGCGAUAGAGCUUGUAGUCCAGUUGUACGCUCGGCCGGACCUCGGAAAGCUCAUAGAAGAAUACGCAGUUUUGUAUUUAGGAUUUCUGCGUCUCCCAAAUCCUCCAGAAAUUGUUUUCGGUCAAGACAGAGGACGUCCACAGAUUGAGAACCAAUGGAGCGAAUCGACAACACGUGCGUGUUUGGGAUUGUAUCUAGCCUUGCUAUCCGAACACCAGGACCUUAUUCACGAGCUGGCUAGAGUUUACACCUCGAUGGGUGCAGACGUUAAACGGAUGAUUUUACGUCUUGUCGAAGGACCAGUCAAAUUGCUAGGAAUGAGUAGUCCCCAGCUCUUGUCCUUGGUCGAAAAUUGUCCCAAAGGUGCCGAGACUUUAGUCACUCGAGUAAUCCACAUUCUCACUGAAAAAUCUGCGCCAAGUGCAGAACUAGUCGCAAAAGUACGCGAGCUGUACCAGACGAGGGUGUCGGACGUCAGAUUUUUGAUACCGGUCCUCAAUGGUUUAACUAAGAAAGAAGUAAUAGCCGCACUCCCCAGGCUGAUCAAGUUAAAUCCCAUUGUCGUUAAAGAGGUGUUCAACAGACUCUUAGGUACCCAUAACAAUGAGAGCGGUAUACCGCACAUGUCUCCGAUAACUCCGGCAGAGCUUUUAAUCGCCUUGCACACUAUAGACCCUAACAAAGCAGAGUUGAAAACCGUGAUAAAAGCUACGUCUUUGUGCUUUGCUGAAAAACAGGCGUACACGCAAGAAACACUUGCAGUAGUUAUGCAGCAUCUAAUGGAGAUGACUCCGUUGCCAACGCUCCUAAUGAGAACGGUUAUUCAAAGUCUGGCUCUGUAUCCAAGACUGAGUGGAUUCGUCAUGAACAUAUUGCAACGUUUAAUUCUCAAACAGGUUUGGAAGCAGCACAAAGUCUGGGAGGGAUUCGUUAAAUGCUGCGAACGGACUCAACCCCAAAGUUUUUCUGUUAUCUUGCAAUUACCUCCGGCACAAUUAGCUGAGGCACUCAAAAUGUCGCCGGGACUGAAGGCACCGUUACUCGCGCAUGUUGAAUCGUUUGCAGAGAAUCAGAAAGCUCAUAUUCCACAAUCUAUAAUGGACGUCAUUCAAGGAAAAUCUUUGGCGGUUGUCCCAGAUGAAUUUGAUAUUGCACCACCAGGCGAGUACCCAUUAGAAUUAAAAUCUGAAGUAAUGGAAACUGAGCCGACCGAGCCAGCACCACCCGGAUUAGAUUAAACAGUCGAUCGCUCUCUCCCUGUAAAUGUCGCACCUACAGCACAGGCGAGUUACGAUCACUAGAUAAUUUUACAUUAAUUUUUAACUUAUGGGUAAAAUAUGUAUAUAAUUUAAGCAACAAGUAUUUGCUGCUGAAAAUCAUGCAAUGAAUUCAUGAAAAUCCUUCAAUUCAACUGCUCCCCUAUACCAUCGUGGUUUAGGGUCGACCAAUGGAUGGGUUUUAGCUAUAAAGAAUAGUGAAUAUAAGUUUCUUUUCUUCAUCUCUGAAAUAGGGAUCUAUUUACUAAUAGCUAUUAUCCGCUGUGACAUAAAUAAUACAUAACGAAAGUGACUGAACAUAGAAUUUUCUAAUUACUCAACUCAUUUACAGGUCGAACAUAAAGUGCAAACACUUUCAAUUGAAAAAUUUAUAUAUUUACAGUUAUCACGGAAAAAUCAGAAAUGUUGGUGAAAAUUAAAAUACUUUGACGGUUGUUUCACAACACCGAAAAGAGCAAUGCUCAAACAAUCUAGCAACAAUACUAUUACAUUAUCAUGAACGCAGAUGUUAUUUUCAAUUUUCCUAAUGAUGAAAGCUCAGGUUAUACUGCCAAUGAGUACGGCUCUUCAGGCAAUGGGUAGACUUAAGGAAAAUUUGAUUUGAUAUCAAUAUUUUAUUUCAAUACAAAAAUGAAUCGAUUUAACAUGUUA